GUAAAGACUUUCUUUCUUUCCUAAAUUUCUAAGAUGACUUUACCUUAUUUAACAGAUGAUUGUAUUUAUUACAUUUUACAAUACCUUCAAAAUGAUGACUCAACUCUAUUUAACUGUUUAUUAGUUAAUCGAUUUUGGUGUAAAUCGACAAUUCCUUUGAUUUACGCAAACCCUUUUGCAAAAAAAUCCAAAAAAAAAUACCUGAUAAUCUCAACCUUAAUUUUUUGUUUUAAUAAAGCAGAAAUUUUACAAUUGAAGAAUCAACUAACAAUAAAUCAGAUUAAUAAUAUUAAUAUUGACGAAGAACACAAACCAUUAUUUGAAUAUCCAAAAUAUUUGGAAGAUUAUCAUGACUUUGAAAUAAAUUCCACUAUUAUAAGAUAUUGUUCAGGCUUAUUGAUUUCUAACAACAAAAUGUAUGAUGACAUUAUUCCGAUAUUUCAUCAAUCAAUUUUACGUCAAAGUAGAAACAUUAAACAAUUAAAUAUUUCAUCAUAUUUAUUUUAUAAAGAAAGUUUUAAAAAUUUUGAUGUUCAAAAUUUCGUUUCAAAUUUAACAAGAUUAAAUUCAUUCAGUUUUUAUUUAAUUGAUACCAUCAAUAACGAAAUUGAAAAUGAAUUUUUAAGAAAUAUGGCAGAUAUUAGUUUAAAUUUGAGAAAAUUACUAAUUAAGCUUCCUCAAAGAUCAUAUAGACAUGAUACAUCCAAUAAUUUGAUCAAUACUACUACUUGGGAAAAGCUCCAUAAAAUUAUUCAAAGGCAAAACAAACUUAAAAUAUUUAAGAUAAAGAAUUGUUAUUCUUUAUUAAAUAAUGUUCUUUUAUCCUUAGAAUUUCAAAAGCAUUCUUUAGUUCAUAUUGAAUUUAUAAACACUGACUUUAUUAAUGUUGAUUUAAAAAGUUUUAAUAGUUUAUAUAAUUUAGAAUAUUUAAUGUUUGAAUCCUGUAAAGGUAUAUUAUUAAAUCAAUGUGAGAUUUUAAAUUGUGCUUCAUUUAAACUCAAGACAAUAUCAUUUAAAUGCAAUAUAUGGAAAGUUGAUGUUACAUCUUUAAUAAUCAAAUAUCUAGGUGCAUCAAUACAAAGAUUAUUUGUUGAAAAUCCUACAAUUAAUCUUAUUGAAGAUAUAUCAAUGUAUUGUCCAAACCUUACUUUUUUAAAAUUAAGAAUUCAUUUCCUUAUUGAUUUAAUAAGUUUAGCAAAUAAUAUACCUAUUAAUAUUAGUAAAAUUUCUAUUUCUAUUUAUUAUCCUUAUAGUUCCAUUAAGUUUUUAAAAUUUAGGGAAUUUUUAGAAAAUUGUCAUGAUAGUUUUGAAAUGAUUAAUUUAAAUCAUAUUAUUGAAUUAAGAUUUCUUAAAAUUGUAUUAAAUUAUAUUGAAAGAAGUAAUAAUAGUUUAAAAAUUCUUGGUAUGAUGAAUUUGGAUAAAGAAUUGUGUGAUGAGGAAUUGAAAUUAUUGAAUCAAAUUAAAGCUAAAGGAGUUAAAAUAGUAGAAUUUAAUAGUAUUCAUGAUGUUUAUAAAGGUUUAUAAUAAGUGUUAAUAUUUAGUAAACUAAGGGUUUAUUACAGUAUAGUCAACUUUUU